AUGGCUCUGAAUUUUCCCUCAACUACUAGGAUUAUCAAACCCACAGAUGAAGAACUUUUCCAAUCAUUCCUCUACAACAAAAUUAAUAAUAAUCCAUUGCCUAAUCAUAUAGCUAUCAUCGAACUUGAUUUGUUCGGUACAAAAAAGAAUCCUUGGGAGAUUUGGGAAGAGUUUGCAACUUCCCACUCAUAUUGUGGAAGAGACCUAUAUUUCUUCAGUGCAUUGAAGAAGAAAUCUGCGACUAGCUCUCGUUCUGUUCGUCUUAUUGGAAAAGGUACAUGGGAAGGUGAAGACACCGGUACAGAAAUAUUCACUAAAGACACAAAUCAACUCUUAGGUUUGAGAAAACGAUACCGUUUUGAAAAGAGUGAUACUGUCCAUGAUAAUGGAUGGAUCUUGCAUGAAUAUAAACUUGAUGCAUCAUUGAUUGCCAAUCCUUCGGCGGAGAAUUAUGUUCUAUGCAGAUUUAGAAAGAAUGUGAAAAAAAAUCCAGUUAGUACAAGAAAUAGAAUAGCAAAAAAUGCGAAUCGUAGGUUACAAAGAAAUAAUACAAGUAUGGGAAAUACUGGACGGGGUAGAAAAAGGAAGAAGACCGUCGCUGAAUGUGAGGCUACCACCAUAUCGGGCAAUAACAAUAACAAUGUUGUGGUGAGAGAAUAUACUAUAUAUGAAGAACCAAUAAACCAAUCAAAUGGUGGACACAACAGUUCAAAUGAUGGACACAACAGUUCAAUGGUGGUUAAAAAAGAGUAUGAAUACAAGAAGGGAGUAGAAGAAGAAGGUGUGAAAAAUACUUGUCCAAAUGAUAUCAUUGUUAUUGCACUUGAGUCUUCCACCGAUUCUGGGAAUGAAAAUAUUAACCAAAGACCAAGAAGUCCAAUUGAUAGUGGAAAUAACAAGACUGAGGUGGUUAAAACUACCAAAGAAAAAGAAGUUGAUAGCAUUAUGAACAAAGAAGAAGAUGAUAAUCUCAAUAUGUCUUGGCCAGAGUAUUUUGCAAUGGAACUGAAAAUGAUUAAUGAAGGAUGCUUGAUCCAAGAGGAAGAAUAUGUUCCGAUGCUUUCCAAUAGUUUUCAUAAGGACUUAAUCUUGGAAUGUUUUAAUAUGUAUUAA